AUCUAAAACCCUAGUGGGAUUCAUACGAUUUCCGCCAUCUCUAAAAACUCAACUGAGAGGGUUGGAGCUAACCUGUACUGUGGUGAGAUGACGAAGGCAGAUAUGGGAAGUGAUAGCGAGGCUGAGAAGACGGCUCAGAAAGAAAAGGAGAAGAAGAAGUUAUUGGCUAUUGCCCCAAUUGCCAAACCCUUGGCCGGAAAAAAGCUCGGGAAACGGACCCUCAAACUCGUCCGACAUGCUGCGGAGCAUAAAUGCUUGAAAAGAGGGGUGAAGGAGGUCGUGAAAAGUAUCCGACGAGGUCAAAAAGGAUUAUGUGUCAUAGCAGGGAACAUAUCUCCUAUAGAUGUCAUCACACACGUUCCAGUCCUAUGUGAAGAAGCAGAGAUUCCCUAUAUCUAUGUUCAAUCCAAAGAGGAUCUUGCUAAUGCUGGAUCCACCAAAAGACCCACUUGCUGUGUCCUGGUGCUGACGAAGCCUAGUAAAGGAGAGCUAGGAAUGGAGGAACAAGAGAAGCUGAAGGGAGAGUAUGAUCAAGUUGCUUCUGAAGUGACUGAACUUGCUAACUCCAUGUUCUAGGUAUAGGUGGUUAAGAUUGUUAGACCUGUGUUAUAUGCCCAUGUACUGUUUUUAGACUUGUAUGCCUGCUGCGGCCUCUUAUCAAUGCCAAUGUUUUAGAGAAUUCUUGGUUGAUUUUCUACUAUAAGUCCACAUUUUGAUACUUGUCCACAAUCUCAAACUCUGUCCCUUCCUUUAGGGAAGCAUCUCCCUCUAUAUUGCACACUUCCCUCAAUAUUUCCGUUUCUUAGAAUUCUCGGAUAAAAAGGCUUUAAUCGAUGAACCAAGAACCGUUAUAAUCUCUGUAUGCGGGAACUGUUUGAAGUGACAGUAGGGG